CGCGCGCGCGAACGCCCGGAGUCUGGUUUUUCUUUUCGUCCACGUUUUAUUUCUCAUUUUACUCGGUAACGUUUGGUUUUUUUUUUUUUUAAUUAAAGCGCCUAAAAGAAAACGGAGCGGGGGAAAACAAUUAAUAACGAAAAAAAACUACCCGCGCGUCCGGGACCAGUCGUCGUACCUCCACCGCGAAACCGUCCGCUUUCCCGGUCGUAACGUAAACCCCGGGCACGUACGCGCGAGAAUCGGACACGGCCGACGGCCAUCGGGAAAAUCUACGCGCGACCGCCGCCGCACGUUCGAGCGGUGCGCGCGACCGAGGCGGGCGGGGGACGGCGACACGGAACGCGCGCGCUCGCCACACGCGUCUUCUCGGUUCAGUGUGCGUCACGUGUCUGGUCCGCGCGGUCAUGCGUUCCGUUCCCUUUGCGCUGCGCAGCCUUUGAGCGGCCCGUUCGGUGUUUUUUUUUUUUUUAUUCGGAAAAACGCGCGCGCCCGCUUCGGCACGUGUCUCGUCGUCCGCGGAUAUUAUGCGAACGUCGUGCGAGUGACCGCACAGCGAACACACGUAUUUUAUUACACCCGGGCACCGGACACCGCGUCAUGGACGAGGAAACAGCUUUGGUCUUGGGCGUGCAACUUUUGGCCCUGUGCUGCAUCGCGUGCUCUCUGGUGCUGUACUUGUUGCGGAAGAUGAGCAGGAAGACCGUGUACGCGGCCCCGUCGCUGCGGUCCGUGUUGGUCACGUCGUGCGAGACGUGCGUGGGGCUGCAGCUGUGCGACAGGCUCGCGGCCGCCGGGUUCCGCGUGUUCGCCGGCCACAAGCCGGACGCGGCGGCCGAGGCGGCGUCCGACUGCGGCCCGUCGUCCGGCCGGUCGUCCGAGGCCUGCGCGCUGCUCCGGUACCGCGUCAAGCAGCGCGAGUCGGCCGCCACCGACGUGGAACGCGCGCCCGGCGGCGUGGUGUUCGUGCCGCUGGACGUGACGCGCGAGGACUCGCUGCACGAGGCCGUGGUCACCGUCAAGAGGCAUCUGCCAGCCGGCGAAGACGGUCUGUGGGCUGUUAUCAAUACGGCCGAUGUAUGUCUACGUGGAAGAAUCGAAAUGCAGGAAAGCGCUCAGUGGGAGACGUUAUUUAAGACUAAUGUUUUUGGAACGCUCAAAACCGCCAGAACAUUUUAUCCAUUAUUACUGAGCCAAAAAGGCCGUUUCAUCAACUUCGGCACGUCCGCGGUGCACCCCCGCCGACAGGGCCUGACGGCUUUCGACUCGGCGCGGCACGCGGUGGUCGGCGCCAGCACGUCCCUGCGGGAGGACUUCAAGGACUUGGGGGUGCACGUGAUCGUGGUGAACACCGACCACAUCCAGCCGGAGAGCCUGUUCGAGCCGGUCAGGUCGUCGUCCGCGGGCAAGUCGCAGCAGACACUCAACGACAAGUGGUUCGGGCCCAAUGCGACGUUGCCCGAGUACGCGGUGCACACGAUGCUGGACACGUUGCUCGAGCCCGACCCGAAGCCGGUGUACGCGUUCGAGAAACCGUCGCGGUUCACCUGCAACGUUUUCGCGAAGAAAAUCCUGAACCCCGAACGCUACGUGGGCUACGAGAACGUCUGAAACGUCACGGGUCCAGGAAGGAAAUAAAAAAAUAAAUAAAUAAAUAAACUAAACAAACAUCAGCCGGCCGCCAGAGUUUCCAAAUAUCCGUUUACGGUUUGAACCGGCAUUAUUCGUACACAUUCAUAUGUGCAUAAAUAAUAUUAUUAUUGUAUAAUUAUUACAUUUCGUCAUUAAUGCUAUCACGUAAUGCGUGUAACGUUCCCGUUGUCCAAAGAACAUAUGAUAUUAUUAUUAUUAUUAUUAUUAUUAUUAUUAUUAUCAUUAAUACGAUUCCGUGCUCAAUAUACAACGUGUUUCAUUGUAA